AUGCCCCUGGCGAGUUUUGUCGGUCCUAUCGUUGGCGGCGUAUUUGCCCAGACCGUUUCCUGGCGUUGGUGUUUCUGGAUAAACCUCCCCAUUGGCGGGCUUGCUGCCCUCAUCAUCAUUGUUUUUCUGCGCCUUCCAGAAGCUGCGAGACCCGCAGCUAUCCCGCUGCUGGAGAAGCUUUCACGGCUUGAUCUGGUUGGCUGUGGUCUCAUUCUGAGUGCAGUUGUGUGCUACCUCCUGGCGCUGCAAUGGGGCGGUGUGCAGAAGUCGUGGUCUGACAGCACCGUCAUCGCCGAAAGAGCAUCUAUAGUUCCACGGCUUUUGAAGAAACGACGAAUGUUUAUCACCCUGCUUGUUGUCUUCUUCAACUCGGGUGGCUUUUUCAUCCUUAUCUAUUAUCUCCCUAUAUACUUCCAGUCUAUCAAGGGCGACGGUCCUCUAGAGUCUGGUGUGCACAAUCUCCCCUUCCUGGUUGCUGGUCUGUUCUCCAUGCUAUCUGGGAUUUUACUGAGUGUCACCAAUCAAUGGGUUCCUUUCAUGGCCAUCGGUGCCGCUCUUAGUGCUGUUGGAGGCGGCCUUCUCUAUACCCUAGACAUGAACACUGAAGUAAGCAAAUGGAUUGGGUAUCAGAUCCUCGGAGGUGUAUCAACGGGCUUUCUAUCACAGAUUCCUAUCAUGGCCAACACUGCAGCUGUUGAAAUGGCGGACAUGAGUACCAUAUCGGCCAUGACACUGUUCUUCCAGCUGGUUGGUGGGUCAUUCUCCGUCUCUGCGGCACAGUCCAUCUUUACGAAUAUACUGCUUGACAGUAUCAAAGCAAGCGACGUAGGCUUGUCUAAUACAGCAAUCCUCUCGGUUGGAGCGUUUGAGCUUCGCAAAAUGUUUUCAGCUAACCAGCUGCCUGCGAUUUUUGCUGCCUAUAUGAAAGCAUUGAAGGGUGCCUAUGCGUUAGCUACAGCCAUGCUGGCUGUCAGUGCAGUCCUGGCCGUCCUGCCUAAAUGGGAACCACUGAGAACAUCAAUGCAAGAGGAGGAGGAUUCAACAGACCUAGGUGUGACGGUCGGUAAGGAUCAUAUUUAA